AUAGGAUUAAAUCUUGACAGCAUGAAAAAAGUGUGGCAAAUUUGUGCUGACACAAGACACGAAUUAUCCAUAUUUAUAAGUCAGACAAAUAAUUCGAUUUCCUUUUUGGAUUAGAUUUUUUUGUUCAUUUGAAGGCUUCAAUUCAAAGAAGAGAGAAAAUGGCAUCAUUCACAGGAACUCUUGAUAAAUGCAGGGCUUGCGACAAGACUGUUUAUUUCGUUGAUUUGUUGUCUGCUGAUGGACAAACUUAUCAUAAAUCAUGCUUCAAAUGCAGCCACUGCAAAGGCACUCUUGUGAUGAGCAACUACUCUUCCAUGGAUGGAGUUCUCUACUGCAAGACUCAUUUUGAACAGCUCUUUAAGGAGUCUGGAAAUUUUAGCAAGAAUUUUCAAACUGGAAAACAUGAUCAGAACAAGGAUCUGACAAGGGCACCAAGCAAACUCUCUUCUGUGUUCUGUGGGACCCAAGAUAAAUGCCCUGCAUGCGGCAAAACUGUGUAUCCACUUGAGAAGGUGGCGAUGGAGGGAGAGUCGUUCCACAAAUCAUGCUUCAAAUGCGCCCAUGGCGGCUGCGCGCUGACGCACUCUUCCUACGCUGCUCUCGACGGAAUCCUCUACUGCAAGCACCACUUCCAGCAGCUUUUCAUGGAGAAAGGCAACUACCAGCAUGUUAUCGAGGCUGCGAGGAAGAGCACCGCCGAGAACGACGCCGACGCCGCUGCCGCCGCCACUGCUGCCGCCGAUGCCGCCGCCGCCGCCGCCGAGGAAGGGGAGGCGGCGGGUGAAGAGGAUGGGGAGGCCAAGGCGGAUCCGGAUGAGCCGGAGUCUGAGGCCAAGGCGGAAGACUAGUCCUAGAGAGAGAAACAGAGAGAGAGAGAGAGAGGUGAUCUCUCCCUUCUAUUAAUUAAUUUUUGGUUGAGUAAUUUAUACAGCAAGAUUUUGAUUUUCCGAGUUGCUUGGCAUUGUUUUUCGACAUUUUUGGUUUAGGUUUUCAAGUUAUAAUUAUGUUGUUUGUUUUGUUGUAAUUCGAAUUAACACACAUUUUUUGUGUGGGGAUUUUUCCAAGUUUUUGCAGGAAUGAAUAUAAAUUGUGUAUGCCUUAUUCAUAA